UGGUCAACCUGGGCUACUUGGAGCGAGAACUGCCAAUCUUGUCCCAAGUCAUGCGAAGGAGGAUCUGUUACUUGUACUCGAGCAAGGACUAGGCAGGGACCAUAUUGCAUACCAAAGACUCAAUCACAGAGUGAUGCAUCAAUCAAAAUAUGUCCAAAGAUAUGUUGUUGGUCAAACUGGGCUUCUUGGAGUGAGAAUUGCCCUUCUUGCCCUGACUGUGGUGGAGGAUCUGUUACUUGUACUCGAGCAAGGACUAGGCAGGGACCAUAUUGCAUACCAAAGACUCAAUCACAGAGUGAAACAUCAAUCAAAAUAUGUCCAAAGAUAUGUUGUUGGUCAAACUGGGCUUCUUGGAGUGAGAGUUGCCCUUCUUGCCCUAUCUGUGGUCGAGGCUCAGUUAUAUGCACA